AGACAGACCCUUGUAAUCGAACAUAGAGCGCCAUUUAUGUAGGUUUCAGGUUGCUUAAUCGAGCUCAGAAUCGCUGAUCCCACGCAAACAGUCAUGGCGGACAAGGACCCAUUCCGGCAGCUAAAAGACCUGUCUCUGCUGAAAGGCCAGCUUGAAGACAUUCAGCGUCGGAUGGAGGAUGAAGUUGGGGUUGGAAUUCCACAGGGUGGAAGUGUGCUCAGUUCUCCCUUCCUCAAAGGCUUUUUGGCUGGUUAUGUGGUGGCCAAGCUCCGCUCCUCUGCGGUCCUGGGAGUUCUUGUAGGAACAUGCACUGGCAUCUAUGCCGCUCAGAGCUAUCAAGUGCCUAACAUCGAGCAGACCGUCAAAAACUACUUCAGCUCAUUCGGGAAGAGAUAGAGGGAGCCAUAUAAAACAAUCUCAGAAAAACAGUGCCUCUUUCAAAGAACGUCUCGAUUGAGGGUGCCACUCAUCACACCACAGAACAACUGGAUGUAUUUAAAUGACACUGUGUGUAUAUACAAUAACUGAGAGCUUCUCUGGUUAGCAGUGUUAGGCUGUUUUCUAUUUCUAAUUGGUGGGUGCUGCUUUGCUGUUCCAUGGCUUGUUUUUAUAUAUACCCAAAAUUCCUCAUGAUGAUGCAAAUGGCCAAAACUUUUCUUAUCAGUCCUUCAUAUGCUUCUGGCUAGUCUGUUACAUGAAUAUUUUUGCCAAUCAUUUAUUUUUUAAUAGAAGUUUGCACUAAAACGGAUGAACAAUCAGGCCCAACAAACUCUUGUAAAUAAAUAAUGUCUGGCAUUGAACAUUUCCUGUACCUGUCAAAUAUCAGAUGUUGCUGGACUUGAGUUGCUGAAAUGUUUGAUAUAGUUUUUUGAAUAAAUAUAUGUUGCACUUUACCACUCUCAACUCUAUCACUUCUGCUUGUAAUGAAUAAUAAUGGAAGUGAAAUAGAAAACAGGAAGUAGCCCAAUUAGAGCAUGAAAACUAAUUCACACGCAGUUGGUUUUCGGAUGCGGGAUUGAAUUCAAGUGGUAUGUUUUUAAAGUGUAAUUUACAUUGUAAUACAUCAUUUGUCUAUAUAAAGAAUUAUUUGAAAACAGUAGUUAUCAAUAUUGAGGUUUUUUUCUUUGCUUGAUGUUCUUUUGUUUUGGCUUUGUGCUUAUUUCAAUAAUGCACGAUAUGUUGUUUUUUAAGAGAUUCUUUUACGUACAGGCUGUUUUUUCCAAGAAUUUAUGAAAAUGUUUUAUUUUAAGGAACAAAAUCUCAAAUUGCUCUCUAGAAAAAAAUGUAUGCAAGCAGUUCAUUUUAUUUUAUUUAUUUUUUUGUAGAAAAAGUGUUAACAAAAAGAACUAAAUCUGGGCCAUGAUGUACAACCCAAUCACUUGUUAACCCUUAUAUUAUGUUUGGGGUCAAUUUGACAAAUCGGAAAUACUGGUUAAGCUAGAAUAUAUAUAAAUAUAUGAAUCUUUUGAAAUUUUUAAAAUGAAUAUUCAUGAACAUUUUGUGAUUUUCUCAUUAAAGCUCAUGAACAUG